ACCUAAUCAAUCCGAUCCGAAUUUGGCAGGCCUAACAGGCCAGUCACCUUUCGCUCUAUCCGUAACUCCCACCGUACGGUUUCCCGUCGUUGUCCUUGUUCCCGUUGCUAGAGAAUAGCCUGCUGCCUGAUUGAGAUUUCAUCGUCGUCUUGAGCGGCCUUGGACGCUCUACGGUCCUUUCACCGUUCCUUCCUCUCCGAUUUGCCGCCAGAGCCCACCAGCACUCAUGGCUGAUCGUCUUUCACAGUACACUAUGGGCCACAAUUUUGUUCCAGGUGCAGCGGGGAUGCAUAACCACCACCAGCUGAGUGCUAUGCAGCAGCAGCAGCAACUACAGCCCGGUCAGCAGCAGCAACAGGAAUCCUCGCAGCAACCUCAUCCUGGAUUGUCUGGUUUCAACGACCAGAACCGAGCUUGGUCUCAGAUGCAACAGAUGCAACAGAUGCGUGCUCAGAAUGGACAGGAUAUGAAUGGCCCUUCGGCGCAGCAGAUGGCUGACCUGCUAAGGAGCCAAAAAUUGGCCCAAAUGCAAUCGCAGCAGCAACGUUUUGGCUUAUCCAUCGGCGGUUCUGGUCAGAGUCAACAGACGACCUUCCUGGACCAACCGAAUCCAAGUCAGCACAAUAUGCAGAUGGGUUUUACGGGAUUAGGGCAGCACAAUCCUAGCUAUCAACAGUCCAUGCAACACAGGCAAAGCAUGUUGCAAACAUUACAAGGGAAUCAGCAACAUUCACGUCAGCUUGAGCUCAUGAACCUCGCCCAGAAUCAGCAGAACCAGAACAGUCCCACUAAUCUAGGAAAUAGAGGUGUUUCCAUCAAUGGAGCGCCACAAGGGCUUAAUCCCCUCCAAUCUCAAAAUGACAUGUUUCCCGCUCCGAAUGACAUGCGUCGCCCUUCUCCUCACCCAUCUAUGCCGCCCUCUCUGUUGAGCGGUCAGCCAGCGAACACUAACGGCAUGGUUCAGAACUCUCGAGGGACUGUUAAUGUUCAAGGCCGCACAAUCAACCUUGGCGAUCUCACUGAGCGAGCGACCACUCUUCGUAGUCUCAUUCAGUCGCAAGAAAUGCAGAUGCUCCAACUGCAGGCUCAACGUACUAACAUGCCCGAUAAUAUGUUUAUGGCGAGAAUGCGUUCACUGCAGUCUGAACUUGUUGGCCGGAAAGAGUCCUUGAAUAAAAUCGUUACACUGAUGAACAUCUGCAUGCAGCAGGGCAAUGGCACAAACGGCCCAAUUAAUAUUACGGGCGGAUCCUCACAAGGCCCUCCCCCACCAGGUAAUGGUGGUCAGCCUUGGCAGUCCUCGCCUUUCGGGAAUCCGACACAACCGCCGUCUCAGCCCCAGCCUGCGGGGCUCGGUCCUCGAUCCAGUCCAGCUCCUACGCAUCCUCAAUCUGGUCUUUCUGUUAACUCUCCGAGCAACGUCCCGCCUCGAUCCGGUCCAACUCCGCAACAGUCGAUGAAUUCCUUCCCCAUGAACACAUCGCCGUUAAACUUUCCCAUUAACAAUCCUCCCACCAAUGGUGCUACCGGACCGAAUAUAUCCGGAGCGUUCAUCAAUGCGCCAAUUCCUCCAUUGGACAAAUCGCGCUUUGAGAGCUCUUACAAACAGUGGUGCUUAACGAAGGCCAUCGUUCAUGACCCUCGGCUUCUUGCUAUCGACAAUCGGCAGAUCGAUUUGUUCCAAUUACAUUGUCUGGUCAUGCGCGAGGGCGGUCUUACGAAUGUUACACGCAAAGAGUUGUGGCCAGUAAUAGCUGGACGUUUGGGAAUGGUUAACUUUCCCGGCGAACCGCCUAGGUCGGGUCCGGUUGCUGCUAUGCAUAUUCAGAAUGUCUACAAAGAAUAUCUUUUGGCUUUCGACACAGUUUACAUAACCUCUGUGGUGGAUAGUCGCCGAAAAUCAAUCCAGACACCUGGUCAAUUCCCUCCUCAGGGUCCAUCGAUGCCAUUCACACCCGAGGCCUUGCGCAGCUUGAGCCCUCAUCAAUUGCGUAUGAUUAUUGCGUGUGCAGAUAAAUCGCCGUCCGAGUUGAGAGCCCGUGGGAUGUCGGAUACGAUGAUUAGUUUUGUCGAGACUCAUCGUUCUAGUUUGCAAAGCAUGAGUGCAGACCAAGAGAAUUUCGGAAACGAAAUCCGUCGGCCUCAACUUCCUCAAGGUCCUAUGGCAGGUAAUGUUGGGCAUGCUGGAAAUGUCGGUCAGCCCUUUCCCAAUUUAGGUAACACGAAUCAACCAUUUCGACCCCCGGGUGAACCUCAGCCAACUUUCCCUCCGGGAUCUUCGAUUCCUCGUCCCUCACGAGAACAGCUGAGCUUGGCUCAGAUGACUAUCAACAGGAACAAGGCUGAGUAUACUGCGCGAGCCCUUCCUCUCAUGCCCGGUGUCGAUAUUCCUCUUGAAAGUAGAGGGGAAUACAAUAGUGUGCUCGAACUCGCGUUCCGUCUUGCAAAUGAGCUAGACGGCAAGCUGGCUCUUUAUAGUAUCGUAACAAAGAACGAAGAGAACACCAAAAAGUUAUCAAAUGGCAUUCUUUCCGUUCAACAUCAAAGGAGUCUACUAACGUCACCAAAUCCUAAAUUCAUAAUCUCCUUCGAAAAUCUACGAACGUACUCUACUCAAUUCCAGUACGCGAGUCGCUAUAUCGCUCAUAUUCUUCAGAAUAUAUUCAGAGGGGAUUCGGGCCCUACUGUAGAUCAACAUCCCAGCUAUCCUGGACCUGUCGGUCGAGUGGUGCCAUCUGGACAACUACCUCCCAACUUACAACACUCACCAGCCCCCAAUCUUCCUACCCAAUCUAACAACUCUAUACCUCCUCGACCUCCCAUGCCCUUGAAUCCGCCUCCGCCUCCGUCAAAAAACAAGAAGCAGAGUGGUGCUCCUACUCCGCCUGCUUCUGCUGCCACGCCUAUUGCCACUGCACCGACCCCUAGUGCGGCUGCUGCCGCUUCACCACAAACACCUAAAUCGCCUAAGCCAAAAUCAGCGCCCAAAAAGCCGAAAUCGCGGAAGCCGUCGACACCCAAAGUCAAUGCGACUCCUACUCUUGAUCAUGCUACUAUCCCUACAUCCUCUGCUGGAGUCAAGCGACCGCGUGAGGAGGAGCUUGACGCUCUUCAGCCCAGCACAGACCCUUCUGCAGGGUCGAGCUCCAACCCCUUACCUACGACAGUUGCCAACGAACCUUCUCCUCCCAAGCGGGCAAAGACUGACUGGGAAGGACCAAUCAGUGAGUCGUUGCAGAAGAAGAAUCAAGUGGUUGAGAAUAUCAAGACCGAGGAAGAUGCCAGCCAAUUCCUUGAACAGAUGACGGAAUUGAUCAAAAUGGCUGGGACCGAAGACCAGGCGGCUCUGUCUUCUGAUAUUUCGGAAACUCUAGAACAGAUUCUCAAGGGUUAUGAUGGUGGUAUACCCGAUUCCGAUACGUUCUCGACGUUGGGUUUGAACGAAGUUGGUUCACUAGACGCAUCCGCUUCGACGUCUCAAAUUCUAUCUUCCAAUGAUCUCACAGAGUUCUUCGACUUUUCCCUAUUCCCGAACGAAGAUGAAGACGAGUCAAAGGUUGGAACACCUGAUUUGGUUUCCUCGUCGUCGACGAACCCUAGCCCAGAAUCUCAAGCAGAUGCUGAUCCAGCGCAUCAUGCAACUGCUUUACUCGACGUUAAACAAGAAGAGUAUGAUCCGCUGAGGCUGGGUACGCUGAAGGAGAUCGAUGGAGGGGAGUCGGCCUACUAUCAGUCUACUGAUUGGAAGUGGGAUGGGCACAUGGCUACGCUGGAACAGCCUUGGGCGAUUUUCAAUUCAUAGUAUUUGUUUCUUUUAUGGCUACUUAUCUUCUUUGGUCACGAUAUAUGUAUCUUUGUUGAUUGUGUAGUUGUUUUACCUCUCCAUUGCUUCUUAAUCUCCUUUCAUAUCAUCUUAUUCUAUGUUUUUUCCGGCGUGGAGUUGCUGUUUUCCUAUCCCCUUCUAUCUAUUUCUCUUUUUUUUACUUAUUCUCCUCUCCUUCUGUUACAAACCCUUGUCUUUGUCGCCGUUUAUCUUCUUGGUUACCUGCUCUGUGUAUUGCUACUGUUGUUCUAGCCGCUAUCGAUUAUCUUGUCGACAUUGGACCGAAUAUAUAUUCCCACCAAGGCGUAGACAAA